CGAACAGACGAGGAAUAUUUUUACUCACAUUUUCGUAUCUCAGCGUAGUAUUCUACGCUACAAUCACGAAAACUGUGAACGCUAUAAACAUAUCUAUCAAUAUAACUGAAAAUAAAGGCGAUUGGAACAGUUAUCGGGGCAAAACAAGUGCAAAAUACUCACGUCUUCGAUACAACGGCUAGUCGGGCGAAAUGGCGUCCUCGACGAGAUGAGGACGGUAGAGAGGUUAGCCGAGAGUUCUCGUGCGCAUGCCCGGUUGAGUCAAUUUACUUCCGGUAGCCGUCCUAGCUCGUCCCGUGCUGGUAUCUUAAGGUGCCUAAUAUUAACAACGGGGAUUUAUAUGAGAAGUCAAAUUCUGACCGGAAGGAGCAUUGACGUCCUUCGUUUUAGAAAAUAGCCCAAAGAAAAUACGCCCGCCGAUUGGUUAAAAAUCUUGUUUCUAGAACUGGACAGAAACACAAGUCUGACGUAAUGAUGGCGUAAUGAUGAUCGAAGUGAACAAGUUGUUUUUCUUUUUUUCUUCGCGGUAUUUUCUAGGAGAAAUAGAAAACAUAUUCUCCGUGUUUCAAUCGAGUUAUAGAGACGCUCGUGAAAGUUUGGGAGAACUCGAAAUGUAAGCAUGUAAACCAAAUUUAAGGGACAGAUUCAUCGGUUCCGUUUACUCGGAAAGAUGUCAGCUGCCCUUAACCGGAAGAAGAGGGUUUUUGACUGUGUUUCUGAGAACUGACGGCUAAAUAUAACGGACCAAUGACAAUGACAUGGGUGAUUGAUUAGAUGGCAUAAAAACGGGGAGGUUUCUGAGAACUGAGAAAGGAAAACACACUUUCCUGGAAUUGCGAAUGCCCUUUUAAAUGCAAUAAUUUUUUACACAGAAACACGUAUUUCAUGUAUAAUUGCUGCUCUGAUAAUUACCGAGAAAUGUGUCGACAAAUCGCCUAGAGGGGUUUAAAGAUGUCACGUGACUCCCGAAAGUUAGGGAAGGACUCAGCUUGGGGUCGGAAACGCAAGUCCGAGGAUGUGCCUAGGUUCGAUGACGUAAAACGGAGAAGAACGGGAAAUGGAGAAGGAACAGACAAAACGACUCGGCCCAUUGGGUUUAAAGAACUGGAAAACAUCUGUAGAGAAGCUGUUCCAGAGACGGGAAUUCUAGGACUGGUUCAGAAAGCCGAAAGAUUUGAAGCCCUCUUAACUUCAGAAGAAAUCAGACCAGAUUUGUUGAAGUUGGUAAUUUCUGCUUUUCGUCUUUUGUGCUCGGCGAACAGCUUAACGACCGGAAACGCGGAGAAGUUACUACGCUCUCCGGCAGCGGAGAAUUUCAUAACAGGGCCCGUUCUUUCCACGUUUGUCAAAAAGAUGCCUUUUUCAGAAUACUGGAAAGACGAAAGCGAUCGUGUCACUGUGCUAAACGAUCUGGCUGAAAUUUCUCUUGCGUUGAUUCAACGGCUCGGUGAGAAAAUAUUGUACGGGCUGCCGCUUCCCGAACUAAGUAACUCGUUGGAUGAGCUAAAAGAGGAGAAUCUCAUCAAGGACGCCUGCGAACUUGAGAAGAAGCUUCAGCAAGUCAAGGAGUUGAAACAUGAAGUGAUUCGGCGGGCAAAGUCUGCGUAUGAUCAACAAUCAGGGGCGGAGCCUCCGCAGAACUUCAGAGAGCUCAGCGUCAUUCCGCAAGCAGCAGACCUUUGUUUCAAGCCUUUUCUGCGCGAAAACAUCGUAGACAGAAAGUUUAAGGACCUGGAUCAUUAUCUUGACGUGCAGUUUCGCCUUCUAAAAGAAGACUUCGUAAUGCACCUACGCGAUGGCAUCAAACAGCUAACAAGAGAAAACAACUCCUUGGAAACGAGUCCUACCAAGAAAGUUAAACGCGCGGAUGAUGUCUCUGUGUACAGUGACGUCACAGUCCUGCAUCCCGUAUGCAACAGGAAAGGCCAGGUUUACAGAAUCAGGUUCAACCCGUCUCAUCCAAGGGUAAAACGAGUAAACUGGGAAAGGUCCAAACGACUCAAGUUCGGUUCGUUGGUUUGCCUUUCUUCAGAUGACUUCAACACACUACUUGUCUUCGCAACGGUGGAAAAUCGACGUGCCGAGGGGCUAAGUGUUGGUGAAUUGGAUGUGCGUUUUGAAAACGUCACGAAAGAGGAAAUAAAUGUUUUUGUCACAGGGAAAGAAAGGUUUGUCAUGAUAGAGUCGUCUGCUUAUUUUGAAGCGUACAGACACGUGUUGGAGGCGUUGAAGGAAAUAAAACCUGAAGAAUUCCCUUUCCAGAAGCAUAUUGUGGAAUGCUGUCGGGAAGUUGGACCUCCAGCGUAUCAAGUACAAAGACAAAGAGAAGACAAAGAAGUUCUGUUUAAUUUCACUGGCGUUCUUACAAAGAAAGAGCCUUCAAUGUCUUCUCAAAGACGUCAUUCCGAUACCGUGAAUUCGAGGAAGUCCAUGAAGAUGAGCCCAACGUCCAGCUCACAGCAAGAACAGCUGUCAGCCGUUAACGAAUCGUCGAACAGCCUGGAUGUUGCUAUGGACGUCGAAGUGCCUCAAGAGAUCUUUAAUUGGCCAGACAGAAAAAGCCUCGGUUUCAAUGAGUCUCAGAUGCGCGCGUUUAAACUGGCGCUGACCAAAGAGUUCGCUGUGAUCCAAGGACCGCCGGGAACAGGGAAAACGUACGUUGGUUUGAAGAUAGCUCAAGCUCUCUUGCAGAACACCUCUUUUUGGCAAAACCGCGGUGAAAGAUCUCCAAUCUUGAUGGUGUCUUACACGAAUCACGCUUUGGAUCAGUUCCUGGAAGGUCUUCUUCCAAUGCACGGUAUAGUUCGCGUUGGCGGCCGCAGCAAAAGUGAAAAAUUGAAGAGCCAUUCUCUGGUGUCAAUUCGUCGCCAACCAUGCCAGCCUGAUAUGACGAUCCGCAAGGCAAGAAACGCAGCUAAGAGGGAUAUUCGUUAUGAGAAAGAAUCAUAUCGGCGUUCUUCACUCUUGUUAGAAGCCUCAAGAUCAAGCAUUUUGUCGAUGGAUGUCUUUUCCCAACACAGGUAUAUUCGACGCCGGCAUUAUGCUCAAUUUACAAGAAACCCUUGGAAUGGAUCGGUUGAUGAAGAGCUUCUAAAGUGGCUCUACGUACAAAAGAAGGAAAGCUCGCAAAGUUCCCACUCGAAAGAUGUGAAAAAGCAUCAUGAAAGAGAUGACUUCCAAAUGGAGUUUGAGGCGCGAGGAUUCAGUUUUGACAACAGAGGGGUUUUGGACAAAGAUGACAACGCCGUGCGUAUGGGACUAGCUGUGCUCUCGUGGAAAGAUGCUACGAACUCCGGAAAGGUGAGACAAAAUUUGAUUAGCGAACAAGCGAUGUCUGAUAACGAAGAAAGAGGAGUUCGUGAUAUCUACCGUUUGCCGAGUGAGGACCGUUGGAGGUUAUACAGAUUAUGGCGGCAGAGAUUGGUCAACGACCAAAGGCAGCAGUUGCAAAUUUGCCAGGUGGAGUUUGAAGAGGCUUUAGCCCGUGAUAAGGAAGUAACCACGAUGGAAGAGUACAGGGUUCUUCAAAAAGCACGUGUCAUUGGCAUGACAACCACGUGCGCCGGCAGAUACCGCACAAUUCUCCAAAAGAUUUGCCCCAAAAUCAUUCUAGUUGAAGAGGCUGCUGAGGUACUGGAGGCUCACAUUAUUACGUCAUUGACGAAAGGCUGUCAGCACUUAAUAUUGAUUGGUGAUCACCUGCAACUAAGGCCUACUCCUGCUGUCUAUGAAUUAGCUACGAAGUACAAACUGGAUGUGUCGCUGUUCGAGAGAAUGGUGAAUGUUGGAAUUCAGUGUGAGAGGCUAUCCGUUCAACAUCGCAUGAGGCCUGAGAUUGCUGCCUUGAUGAAGCACAUCUACGACGAUCUGGAAAAUCAUGAGUCAGUGGAGAAAUACGAAGACAUCAAAGGAAUGAAGAAGAACAUGUUCUUCAUCAGCCACAGCCAUUUGGAAGAAUCCUGUGAUGAGACGCACAGCCAUGUAAACGAGCACGAGGCUCAGUUUCUAGUUGCGCUGUGUCGCUACUUACUACAACAAGGAUACUCGUCCAAUCAAAUCACUCUCCUGACGACCUACACUGGACAGAUGUUUGCCAUUAGAAACUGUCUCCAAGCGACUAAAAGUGAAGAACUGGAACACGUACGCCUUACGACCGUGGACAACUUUCAAGGCGAAGAAAGUGACAUCAUUCUUCUUUCACUCGUGCGCAGCAACAAAGACGAAAAAGUGGGCUUCAUCAAGGUUGAAAACCGCGCAUGUGUGGCGCUUUCGCGUGCCAAGAAAGGCUUCUACUGCAUUGGAAACUUUGAUCUUCUCUCAGAGCACAGCGACAUCUGGAGUAAGAUUGUAGCCGAUUUGAAAGCAAGUGGUAACAUCGGAAACGCCUUGCCCUUUUCCUGUCAAAUCCACCAAGACGAAAUGACUGCGGAAACAGCAGAAGAUUUCAGAGAAAAAGCUCCUGAUGGGGGAUGCCAGCAGCCAUGUGGUGUGCGUCUGAAAUGCGGCCAUGCGUGCAGACAGUUAUGUCAUCCACGUGACACCAAGCACAAGAACUACCCGUGUGGAGAGCCUUGCGGAAGAACCAUUAAAGGCUGUGAUCAUUUGUGUUCGAACCCUUGUAGCGAGCCUUGUAUAACUCGAUGCUUGGAAAUGGUCGAUAAGGUUUUGCCAGGGUGUGGUCACAUUUUAAAGAUGAAGUGCAGCGCUGACCUUAAGGAUGCUGAGUGCAAAGAAAGGUGCGAUAAAAUCCUGUCCUGUGGCCAUCGCUGCCAAAACUACUGUACAAAACCGUGCGCGACUGAAUGCAAGGAGCUCGUAAAGAAAACGGAUUGGCCGUGUGGACAUGAAGUCACCAUUGCUUGCGCGGCCACUUCAAAAGAUUGUCCAGUUCCUUGCGAUGGCACUUUAGAUUGCGGUCACCAGUGCUCUGGGCAUUGUGGUGAGUGUCGAAUGGGUCGAAUUCACAAGGGCUGCACAGAGAAAUGUAAACGUAAAUGUAAACGUGUGUUGUUUUGUUCUCAUGGCUGUAAAGAACGGUGCAGCAUGCCAUGUCCGCCAUGUUCCAAGGCGUGUGAAAAUCGUUGCACCCACAGCAACUGUGAUCAAACUUGUGGAGAGCCAUGCAUUCCUUGUCGUUAUCCAUGUCCGUGGGAAUGUCAGCAUCAUAAGUGCUACAAGCAGUGCCACGAGAUUUGUGACAGGCCCAGAUGUGACGAGCCCUGCGUCAAAAUUCUGGAAUGCUAUCAUGUUUGCCGUGGGUUGAUGUGCGAGGCGGAGUGCAUUUGUGCUAUCUGCACAAAACAAUACAAUGGUGAUCCUAUUACCGAAAUCUUCCUCGGUGGAGAGGCAGACGAAGAUGCCCGCUUCAUCAGGCUGCCAGACUGCAAGCAUAUCUUCGCUGUGUCUGAUCUUGACAGAUAUAUGGACAUGUCAAAGGAUGCCAAUACUGAGAGUCAUGCGAUUCAAAUGAAAGCGUGUCCCCUUUGUUCCACUCCAAUCCGUACGAGCUUGCGAUACCGCAACGUUAUUAACCAGCAGCUACAAGACGUAGAGAAAGUAAAGCUGGAGAUGUGGAGGCAGAUACGUAAUGAAAGUGGGGGUAACUGUGGAUUGAAGAAGACGAAGCGUGAUUUAGCCAAACGCCUGGACACUUUGGAAAAAAGAUUUGGCGCAGAACACACGAGGGAUUCACUGGGCAGGCUGAAACGUGCCGUUGAUAUUCUUCUGGAAGUCAAGCAGGAACUGAAGAUAUCUCUCAUUGACAACAAACUUACCGUUGCCCUGGUUGAGAACAAAGUGAUGUUGAUGGAGCGUCUUUGUUUCAUGAGGGAGAAAGUGAGGGUUAAUCUGAGACAACUGCCAAUGGAAAUCUGCAAAGAGUAUCACUUGGAAAGUGACCAAGUUGAAAAUGAACUGUGUUUCCUUGAGAGGCGUUUCAUGUCAAUUAGAGUGACCCAAAGAGAGUUACGAGACAUCAACACAGAAUUCUCCAGACUCAAUCUCCUACUCGAGUAUUGUUUGCUGCGUCACGACAUCAAGAGCCUGGCACUAGAGUUAGACGAACCUUCCUCUCAGAUGAUGACUGCAGUACAGGAGGGCCUGUCCAGCGGCAAGCGCAUAGUAGACGAGGAGUUGGACAAACUUCUGAACAAUAUAGUGACAAUAAGAAACGCUUACCCCGAUAGUCUUAAUCAGUUGACGCCAGAGGAAAAGAAGAAGAUCGUAUCAGUGAUUGGUCUAUCCAAAGGUCACUGGUUCAAGUGUCCCAAGGGACAUAUCUAUUGCAUAGGUGAAUGCGGCGGUGCCAUGCAGAGAAGCACGUGUCCAAAAUGCGGAGCUGUAAUUGGUGGAGCAAAUCACCGACUGGAAGAAGGAAAUGAGCUGGCUCCUGAGAUGGACGGUGCAAGUCAUGCAGCUUGGUCUGAACAGGCAAACCUACGAAAUUAUGGAAAUUUACAGGAAAUCGUACAAGUUGCUCUCGCUUAGAGUUGCCUUCAAGGGAACAAAUUGAAAUAUUUUCUCUUCGUGAGACGCAAAACAAAAUAUCAUAUAGUCUUGGCGUGCCGCUUUUUUUUCACAAGGUAAAUGUUGUUUUGGUGACCGCCUCAUGAGAAACGGAACACUGAGUUCCUUAGUAGUUUUGAUUAGAAUUAGUUCAACAUAGUAAUAAUCAAGAGUACAAGUUCUAUUUGAUCACCCUUAGGACCAAUGAGGAUAUUAUUGCCCUUUUUUUCCUUAGAUAUGCAACAAUUAAGAAAUGAGAAGAAAGAAGACGAUCAUAAAGAAAUUAGACAUGAUCAUAAAGGCGAACUGAUGUGAAUUGUAUGACAGUGUCAAUGGUGGGUCUCUUUGACGGUUGACGGUUGAAAAUAGCCAGUUUUGACGGUUGACGGUUACAUUUUAGGUAGUUUGACGGUUGACAUUUAACCCCAUUGACACCCUCUAAUGUUGAAAACGAGUUCAUCCAAUUAGUGUUUUAAGAAACUUAUAUGGUUACUGCACGCUAAGGAGUAUUUGUAUGCUGACAACAAGGCUUAAUUAAGGCAUAAAGACCAUUAGAAGUUAUUCAUAACACAACAGGAAAUACGGCAACGAAAUGAAGGGUGUAUCAACAUGAUGCACUCGGUGGGCUGUUGAUUGCUAAGUCACUACUCAUCAAUACUUAAUCCAGGGGCGGGUCUAGGGGGAGGGUGCAGGGGGUACGCGCCCCUCCUUGGGAGGAAGCCUUCUUUUUCGCAUUCACUUUCAAAAUUUGUUUACCUCACUAGUCAGUUAUGUCAUUCCUUAGUGGUGCAGCCCCUCCUAAGAAAACUCCUGAAUCCACCCCUGUAAUCUUUUAGGUGUUUUGGCUCUUUCUGUCCCUUACUCAAUUUCUAGCUGGAAAUUUUACUUUAAUAAUAGAAGAGAUUCUUUAUUUAGUUUCUUUGUUAUUAAUUACAGUGGAACCCCGCCUUACGACCACUCCAUUAACACGGCCACUUUAUUCCGGUUCGAACAGAAGCUCAGUCAGUCAACUCCUUUAAUACGGCCACCCCGUUAAUACAACCAAAUUUUUGUGACCCGUUGGUGAUCAGAUUAACGGGGUUCCACUGUUGUUACUACGUUGUAUCAGCCUUACAGUAGUCUUUGACUUCUCAUCGUGUUAUGUUUUUUGUCCACGUUUUAAUAGUCCUGAAAUUUUGCCGAAUCCUGUUUGAUUGUGUCACAUAGUUAGAUCAAUAUAGAUACUAUUACCGUAUACAAAUCGCUUUACAUCAUCUAAUAAAGCAAUUAUGAUCAGAAAUACUUGUCAUUUGCUUAUGGAAAUACGGUAUUUCAGAGUUAUCCACCAUUCAGGAGAAUGCAUUUCAAUGUCUUUUAAUACUGAAGAAUAUUAAUACGACCCUUUUAAGACGAAUGCAGAAGGAACCUGUUUACACAGCGGACACCUUAACGUGUUAAGCGGACACUAGCACGAGGGUGGUAAAGGGUAUUUUCGCGACCCGUGAUCGGCCC